UCGUUCAACAAAUUGUUCUUUUUAGUCAAGUGCCACAAUCUUGAACGAAAGCACUUGCAGUUGCAUUCAGUAAGAAAAAAACUUAUAAAAAGCAAAAAGUGAAAAUUCUUCUAAAAUUAUAAACUAUAUAAAAAUAGUUUAUUAACUAUUUUUGCAAUCAACAAAAAUAGAAGAUUAUUUUCCAAGUGAAAAAAAGAAAUAAGAAACAAAAAUAAUGGAGGCGAAAAAAUGUAUUUUCCUCAUUUUAACAUUUAUUGUUGCAUUGUCAGUGAGUUCUUAUGCGAUACCAAAUGAGCAUAAUCGUUAUGCAAGAGGAACGGCAAAUAAAUCACAUCAUUUAAUUGUUGGAUCAAGAUUAGCUGGCGAUAAAUUAGUUCUCAGGCAGAAUAUCCAGAAAAAUUCCAGUUGGAUGCAAGUUGUGGUUGUUGAAAAAACUUUUAACACAACACAAUUCCAGAGAAUCACUCAAAUUGCUGCCUUGGAUCAAAAAACAAAUGGAAAUGGAGCCUACGCGUCACUUACUAAAGGAGGUCCUGGAACUGAUAAGGUCACAUUGAAAUUUAAAUCACAACGAGGACAUGGCAUUAAUUUUAUCGUCGAACUCUAUGCACGUUAAUUUUUUUAUUUUUAAUUCACAAAAAUUCUUUUCUCUCUCUAUUUGAAAACAAAGUGUUCUCUCUUUUCUUCAAAUUUUCUCAAUGUUCAAAAAUUUAUCAACGAUGAUUGUUUUCUUUUUUUGAAAAUUCAAUUGUAAUUAUUAUUUUGCUAAUAAGAAUUUAUUUAUUGUAAAUAAAGUAAUUUUUAAUAACAAGGAAGAAACGAUUCAUAACUAUGA